AUGGAAGAACUGCAGGAAGAGCAUAUCUAUCAUUUCAGCCAUCAGCAUCCGAUACUACACACUACAGGUUCAAUUCCGGAUGGCGACAUCAUCUGUUCCGGUUGCAAGCUCAGUAUAUUACCGGCUAAUGGCUAUUACACCUGCAAAACCUGUCCUUUCUACCUUCACCAAGUGUGCUACAAUAUGCCGAGGAAAACUCGUCAUCCGAGCCAUCCCAACCACCUUUUAACCCUUCACGUCGUGCCAUCGGAUAGCGAUCGAACAUUUGAGUGUCGGGCUUGUGGACAUCCUGUCAACGGCUUCUACUACAACUGUGCAGAAUGUUGCAUUUGCUACCAUGUCUUAUGCUCAGCAUUGCCACUUUCAGUGUCAAUAACUUGUCACCUUCAUACUCUCAAACUAGAAUUUUCACCUCCUUUUGAUUUGCAAUGUGACAUUUGCCAAAAACUGGCUAUCUAUAACGGUUGGCUUUAUAGGUGUCAAAUUUGUGAGUUUGAUGCACAUCUUGCUUGUGCCAUUCUGAACCAAAUAACCCAAUCAUUUCGGCAUCCGCCCGCACUGUUGGCGGACUCUUCAACGACGAAGAUAAAGCAUUCAUCGGCAUCGUUAAUGGAGACUAAACAAAGAGAAAAUUUCAUUAAUGAAGGAACAGAAUUGAUGCAAUUGGUAUCCCUGGGUGUCACUAGGAACAACAAUGACAACACAGUAGUUGGAUGGCAUCAGAGACUGCAUGGUCCUAAGAAGAAACUUACAACAGGAAAUGGCCAGGAUGUACACACUGGAUCGACUUCUCCGGUCCGAAAAGUGCAAGAGACUGACCAAUCGAGUCUUCUUUCCUCGGACACGAGCAUGGAGCCGACGCCGAGUUACCAGUUCAGCGAUGGAUGUUUUUCCAUAGACUUGGCAGGAUCAUAUUCAAGUUUUGAUCAUACAAUUCAGGCAAGGAAGGAGUCUAAGGUUUCCGAUUCCGAUGCGACCGCUCCUGGGAAAGGUAAAGAAACAACAAUCGAGAGGAAAAACAUGCUUGAUAGGAUCACAAGCAACUUAGAACCACCGAAACAAGAAACCAUUUAUGGUAAGAAGGAAAGUUUUGAUAGUAGGAUGAGUGAGGCUUUCUUAAGCCGAAACAGAACUCAUUCGGAGGAGCAAGGGAAUCGAAAGAAACUGUCAAAUGAAUCCAGGAGCAUGCCUGGAGUUGGAAAUCAGAGCAAUAAAUCUGAAAAUGUAAGUGCAAGUAACCAUAUUUCAUGCAUUAGUUCCGAAUUUCCUUAG